AUAAAAGGUGGUCGGGUCCGGAGAUUUGAAUUCAAUCACUUAACAACGGAUGUCCAGAGCAGUUGAGGAUAAAGCCACCAUGUUAUUCUAUUGUUUCCUCGCUGUUGGAUUUGCGGCCGUGGUUCAGGCCGGAUUACCGGAAGCUGGUGGAUUUCGGUACGCCGUGAACGAUUUCAACGGAAAUGAGCAAUCUCACCAGCAAAAUCGCGGGCCGGGCAACGCCGUUAACGGCCAGUACAAGGUCCUUUUACCAGAUGGACGUUUACAGACGGUUACCUACAUUGCAGACGAAGGCGGUUACCGGGCUAAAGUAGACUACACUCCCGCUGCUCCCGGAGAGGCGACGACUGCCGGCAAAGGAUUACCUUUACCAGCCACUUCUCGAUUUUCUAGCGUGAUUGGCAACGGGGGAUUUGGAGCAAGUGCUUUCGGUGCCGCACCUUACGGAGCUGGAGCCAUCGCAGCAGGUGGUUUGGGAGCUGCUGGAUCGUAUGGAUCUGGAUUUGGCUUCGGUGGCGCCAGCUACGGGGGGAUGUUCAACCAAUUCGCUGGCGGAUACGGCGGAGGGGCUGGAUAUGGCGGAGGAGCUGGAUACGGCGGAGGGGCUGGAUAUGGCGGAGGGGCUGGAUAUGGCGGAGGAGCUGGAUACGGUGGAGGGGCUGGAUAUGGCGGAGGGGCUGGAUAUGGCGGAGGAGCUGGAUACGGCGGAGGGCCUGGAUAUGGCGGAGGUGCUGGAUAUGGCGGAGGAGCUGGAUACAAUACAGGAAGUUAUGGAGGAUUUGGAGGCGGCAAUAAUUACGGAGCCGGAGUAUCCGGGGGCAAUGGGUAUUCAUCUCCGAUUUUCGGAGCUUUGGGAUACAAUCCGAUUGGACAUUCUUCCGCUUCUCCGGCCGGAUACUCGUACGGCUAUUCAACGCCUUUCUCCCAAGUCUAUUCAUACAGCAAUAUCUUGGGCUAGAGGUUUAUUACUGGAUAAUAUCCUAUACACGAAACCCUAUCAAAUUGAUUGAUAAAAUAACCCAGACAUAUUCGCAAUAAGAUGCACCUGCAUUCUUAAUUCCAUUUUUUAAAAACAAUGUAUAAACCGCAUUCUGUAUAAAUACCAGUCGCGAAACGUUUUUACGGUAUUCACUGAAUAAAGAAUUUGAGCAUAUA